AUUUUUUUUCCAUAGAACUGUCAAGCGUAAGGCGAGCAAAAUCAAAUUAAACAAGCAUAAAAACAUUUUGUAUGACUCAAAAUGGUGCAGCCACUUCUUUGGAGGACAAUACUUUGCUUCGUGAUAUAUUCCAGUUUAGGCAGUUCCCAAAUCAGUCAUUCUACAGGCAGUUCUUCAGACACUACCACUGAUUCCCAAAUCAGUCAUUCUAUAGGCAGUUCUUCAGACACUACCACUGAUUCCCAAAUCAGUCAUUCUACAGGCAGUUCUUCAGACACUACCACUGAUUCCCAAAUCAGUCAUUCUAUAGGCAGUUCUUCAGACACUACCACUGAUUCCCAAAUCAGUCAUUCUACAGGCAGUUCUUCAGACACUACCACUGAUUCCCAAAUCAGUCAUUCUACACCCAAUUCUUCAGACACUACCACUGAUUCCCAAAUCAGUCAUUCUACAGGCAAUUCUUCAGACACUACCACAAAUUUCCCAACCAGUCAUGCUACAGACAGUUUUAUUAGUUAUACCACCUAUUCCACAACUAAUCAUUCCACACACAAUACCACAGAAAUGCCUGCCAGUACCACAGAAAUGACUCAUUCUGCAGACAAUUCUACAAACAAUAGCACUCAUUCCCCGCAACAUCUUACUACAAACAAUUCAUCUAAAGCAACUGUUGUUUCUCCAGUCAGUAUCACUCCAACAGAAGUUGAUAAUGCAACACAUCCACCAACCCAUAACACCACUAAACCUAUAGAAGUUCCAUCAACAAUUCCAUCGUCAGCUCAUACAACUCAACAGCCUGGACAAAGCAUGACAAGUAAACAAGUAAUUACUACAAUAUCAACACAAAAUGAUACAUCUCCCCAUAUUAAUCCUAAAACCACUAGUUAUCCAAGUAGCAACAUAACUCAACAUACCAUGGCAGGCACGACAAACUCAUCUGAGUGGCCAAAUGGUAAACCUACAAGUACACGAGGGCCAGAAAGCACUCUGGAAACACACGCCAGUAACCAUGGAGUAACAAGCAUUAGCUCAACAAGUUCAGCAUCUGCUGCGAAUGGUGGAGGGGUCCCGGGCUGGGCCAUAGCCCUUCUGGUACUGGUCUGCAUAGCAGUUCUGCUUCUCUUCAUUGUCAUCAUUCUGUUGCUGGUUUUCUGCUGCUACAGAUGGAAACACUACGGCUACCUGGAUGUUUCCGCAGAUCCGAUUCCAUACGGCCACGUCAACCACGGGACUGACAUCCCUAUGCACGCCACUCACAGCCACUACGAGGCGCCCAAUGGGAAGCCGAAUGACAACCCUGAGGCCCCAAGAAGAAACCGAACAGGAACAUAUGUAAUGCAUAAGUGAAAGAGGGAACGAGGCUGCGAUGAUGUUGAGGCGCUGAAUGGAUAGUUCUGGAGCCGCACAGCAAGAGAGCAGGAUUACAUUGGCAAUCGCACACACACACACACACACACACACACAC